UCCUGCUCCCCUAGUCGAUCCUCUCCCUCUCCCUCUCCCUCGCGGAGUCGCCAUGGCCUUCGCCGCCCCAACGCAACUCCUCGGUCCCCAGAUCCACUCCUCUGCCGCUGCUCCGCGGAGGCGCAAAUAUAUGCCUAAUGACAGAACCAUCGUCCCUACAACUAUCAUCGUUCGGGCCUGCAAGAAAUCCCUUGCCGCUGGUCCAUGGACGCGCAAACAUAUUCCCUACGGCAGAACCAUCGGCCCUACAACUAUCAUCAUUCGGGUCUGCAAGAAAUCUAUCGCACCCUUCUCCGCCUCCGUUGUCUCCGUUGCCGCCGCGGCUGCUGGUGGGUUCAUCUUGAUCUCGUCGUUCCCUCCGUCUCCUCCCCCUAUCGACGGCGGCGGGGGCGGCGGGGGUUGGUUCCGCGGCGGCGGCGGUGAUGGGGGUGGUGGUUUCUGGUCCAACCUGUUCUCCCCGUUUGUGGCCCUUGCGAAGGAGGAAGGUGGCGGGGGCCAGGAGUGGGAUCCUCAUGGCCUGCCGGCCAACAUCGUUGUCCAGCUCAACAAACUGAGCGGACUCAAGCGGUACAAGAUCUCCGAGAUCCUCUUCUUCGACCGCCGUCGCUCGACCACCGUCGCCGGCACCAAUGACUCAUUCUUCGAGAUGGUCUCCCUGCGCAACGGUGGCGUCUACACCAAGGCCCAGCUCCAGAAGGAGGUCGAAAACCUAGCCUCUUCCGGCAUGUUCGAGAAGGUCGAUCUCGAGGGCAAGACCAAGCCCGACGGCACCAUGGCCAUCACGGUGUCGUUCACCGAGAGCACGUGGCAGUCCGCCGACGCAUUCCGCUGCAUCAACGUCGGCCUGCUGCCGCAGACGAAGCAGAUGGAGAUGGACGCCGACAUGACGGAGAGGGAGAAGUUGGAGUACUUUCGGAUCCAGGAGAGGGAAUACAAGAGGAGGAUCGAUCGGUCGAGGCCAUGUUUGCUGCCCGUGACGGUGCAGCGCGAGGUGCUGCAGAUGCUCCGCGAGCGGGGAAAGGUUAGCGCAAGGCUGCUGCAGAGGAUUCGGGACAGGGUGCAGAAAUGGUACCACGACGAGGGAUAUGCUUGCGCUCAGGUCGUCAAUUUUGGGAACCUGAACACUAGAGAGGUGGUGUGUGAGGUCGUGGAGGGCGAUAUCACUCAGCUCAACAUCCAAUUCCUUGAUAAACUUGGAAACUUAUGUGAAGGAAACACUCAGCUGGCAGUCAUUCGUCGGGAACUGCCGAGACAGCUUCGAUCAGGGCAUGUCUUUAACAUAGAAGCGGGAAAGCAAGCUUUGAGGAAUAUAAAUUCACUUUCCUUGUUCUCUAACAUAGAAGUAAACCCACGACCAGAUGAAAAGAAAGAAGGAGGAAUUAUAGUUGAAAUUAAACUCAGAGAAAUGGAUCAAAAGUCAGCUGAAGUUAGCAUAGAAUGGAGUCUUGUACCUGGACGUCAUGGACAACCAACUCUGGCAUCGAUCCAACCUGGUGGAACUAUUUCAUUUGAACAUCGCAACAUCAAAGGAUUGAACAGAUCAAUUGUUGGUUCAGUUACAUCAAGCAAUCUGCUCAAUCCUCAGGAUGAUCUGUCCUUUAAGCUUGACUAUGUGCACCCUUAUUUGGAUGGUGUGACCAACCCUCGCAAUCGUACCUUCCGUGUCAGCUGCUUUAACAGUCGAAAGUUGAGUCCUGUUUUCACCAGUGGCCCAGGUGCAGAUGAAGUUCCACCUGUGUGGAUUGAUAGGGCUGGUUUUAAAGCCAAUGUAACAGAGAACUACACCCGACAAAGCAAAUUCACUUAUGGGCUUGUGAUGGAGGAAAUCACACCUCGCGAUGAAACUAGCAGUAUAUGUACCCAUGGUGCUCGGGCACUGCCUAGUGGUGGUUUAAGCAUGGAUGGACCUCCAACAACCCUCAGUGGUAUUGGUGUUGACCGGAUGGCAUUUGCGCAGGCAAAUGUUACACGUGACAACACAAAGUUUCUAAAUGGUGCAAUUGUUGGUGAGAGAGAUGUCUUUCAGGUGGACCAAGGUCUUGGAAUCGGCAGCAACUUCCCCUUCUUUAACCGUCACCAGCUCACAUUAACCCGCUUCAUUCCAUUGAAACAAGUCGAAGAAGGCGUCGAUAAAUCAGCACCACCGGUCUUGGUUCUACACGGACACUAUGGCGGUUGUGUCGGAGACCUUGCAAGCUAUGAUGCUUUCACUCUUGGAGGGCCCUACUCUGUGAGAGGCUACAACAUGGGAGAGUUGGGUGCAUGCAGGAACAUUCUUGAGCUUGCUGCUGAGCUGCGGAUUCCGAUAAAGAAAACCCAUGUAUAUUUGUUUGCGGAGCAUGGAAACGACCUCGGCAGUUCGAAGGAUGUGAAGGGAAACCCAACGGAGUUCUUCCGCCGAGCUGGACACGGCUCUUCGUACGGUGCAGGUCUCAAGCUUGGGAUGGUGAGAGCAGAGUAUGCGGUGGAUCACAACACUGACACCGGUGCAGUAUUUUUAAGGUUUGGCGAGAGAUUUUGAAAGGAAUUCAUAUAGAGGAGAUGAACCGUUUCUCCGGCAUCAUCAUUUCCAAACUCGAAAGAUGAAAUAGCUGAUUCAUUUUGGGAUUUGCUUGCUGCAGCAGAAGAUUAAUUAGAUGUUGCAGCAGAAAUAGGACAGUUCCAGGAAAAGAUAACAGCAACUCACAUCAGAUGAUUCCCCCUUGCAAUAAUUGCCUAAGGCACCAUGGAAGCAUCUCAUCAUCUUUAUGUCUUACCUUUUCCUUUUUUUUCUCCACAUUUUUCUUCACUUUUUCAUGAGAAAUACAUAUAUAAACAAGCCAUCAUGCUAAAGAGAAAGCACCUCUAAUUUUUAACUGCAGCACUGAAGAUUAUUGAUUAUCAAAGACCAGCACACUUGUACAGCA